AUGGCGGCAUCAUCCUCUUCAACGAAUACUAAAAAUGCGUUCUCCCAACAACAUUCUAAAAAGUCAAAGGCCGAGAUAUUAGAAGUCAAACGAAAAGCGAUCUCGCUUCUUACAACGGCCUACAAAACGGAUAGUGACGAACAAGUGGUCGAACUUGAAACCCAACUGAAGGAUUUGCUACAUUUGAUUCGAUCCGAAGACGACUUGGAACAGAAGGCCACCGCGACUAAAUCAUUCAUUGACAGCAGUGCUACUACAUCCCCAUCCACUAUGGAAACAAAGAAAGUGACAAGUCCCAUAUCGCCGCCUUCGCCACCUCGUUCUACCACAGCGGCGCCUGGUAUACUACUGAGGGACUUUAAUGGGAGAAAACCAAAGCCUGAUCCAAUAGAAUCUCACAUUGGAGAAAUCAAGAAACCAUUAAAGCAGUUUCAUGUCCAAACGGCAAUCGAACCAAUAAAACCUAAAAAAGGAAUGGUAGCCGGGAUGCAACAAGAAGCGCUGCUGGAAGCUGCCAUGGGACGAAAACAAGAACGAGACAGCAACGGAUGGUUGGGAUUCAUAUUUGGUCCGAAUGAUGAUGCUUCGGAAACAGGUUUCAAGGAGUUUGGGGAAAUGGGUGGAAAGGAGCUACGGAAAAAGCAAAAUCGAAAUCGACAAAGGGCCACCAAGAGAAGAUCGAGUGCCAAUUGUGUUUCCGAUGCCUUUUCGGGCAUGAUUGUCACAACCACCACCAGCAAAAAUGGAACCAAGUCACCAGCAUCGUCACAAGCUUCAUCCAUAUCAUCAAGUUCCUUUGAUAGUGAAGAUGAUGUGUCUACCUUGGGGACUGAACCUACCUACGAAAGUGUAUCGGAACGCAUGACGGGCUUUCUACGAGUCAGAAGGCUUCCAACCACAGCUGAGGAGGAAGAUGAGGCGGCACCAGAAGGUGGAGAGAGUAAACAACGCGAUAUUCUGCAAGAUACUGCCGAAGAAGAAGCACAGCAGCCGGUAGCUGUGGAAGGACCGACGUGGGGUUGGUUUCAGCCUCGAGCGCAGCAGGUUCAAGGUCCAGCCUAG